AUGGCUUAUAAUUACAAUCAAAGCCAAGGACCACCACCAAGUUAUGGGCAACCUCCCCAACAGUCUUACGGUCAACAGCAGCAGUAUAGUUCCUAUCAGCAAAACCCUCCUCCUCCGGGCGGCGCUAAUCUACAACCUCCACCUGGUGCCGACCCUCAAUUAUAUUUUUGGUUCAAAGCUGUCGACACUGACAAUAGUGGAACUUUGACCGCGGCGGAAUUACAAAAGGCUUUGAUUAAUGGUGAUUGGAGCCCAUUUAACAUUGAAACAGUCCGAUUAAUGAUGAAUAUGUUUGAUACUGAUAACACUGGAACUAUUAACUUUUCUGAAUUUGCUGGACUUUGGCGAUAUAUUGAAGAUUGGAAAAAAUGUUUCCAAACCUUUGAUGUUGAUAAAUCAGGCACUGUGAACUUCCAAGAACUUAAAACAGCGAUGAAAACAUUUGGAUACAAUUUAAGUGACAAUUUCGUUAGCCUACUGAUUAAAAAAUAUGACAAAUACGGGGGUACCAAAAAUAAAUUAGGAAAAGGAGAUGUAACUUUUGACAAUUUUGUGCAAUCUUGCGUGACUGUCAAGACUCUUACAGAUUCUUUCAGACGUUUUGAUACAGACAAUGACGGCUGGAUUAUGAUCAAUUAUGAGCAGGCCGCUACAGCACAAUAUACCCGAGUCUUGAGUAAAAUUUUUUGGUGGGUAUUGCUCUACGAUAGAAGAAGCAAACAACUUAGUUCUAUCCAACCAAAUGCUUCAGUCUAA